AUGAGAAUUCAAUUUUUAGGGUUAAUUGUAUUUUUUGUGGUGUUUUCUUUUUGUUAUAUGAGGUAUUUUGUUUGCUCCCCUAAUGGAAUAUUUAAUUCAAUAAGAAUAUGGGGAAUUUAUAAAAAAAUUUAUGUUAGAAGAAUACACAGUAAAAAAGAACGUUUUAGGGCUCUGGGAGGAGGGGUUAGAGAAGGGUUAAGAUGAAUUUUUGACUUUACAAUUACUCUAGUACUUAUUGGUAUCUUGCCUUGAGGUUUUCCUGGGUUGUCUUCAUGAGAAGUGGUUGCAGGUCUAAUGCCUAGGCUUUUUUACUCUGUAAAUAUUUUACAAACAGAUGUUGAUAUUUUUAGAAAAUCGCUUAAAUUUAAGCAGUCUGUUGAAAAAUCAUUUCUUUACUUUCCUUUAUUAGUUCUAAGGGUGAUUAUUCGUCCAGUAACUCUUACGGUUCGAAUGUUGGCAAAUGCGUUAGUUGGGGCUGUUGUUUGUCACUCUUUGGCUAAAAUGGUGGCUUAUGGUGUUGCUUAUUCUAAAUUUUUGUCUCCUAAAACAAUAUUGUGAUUUGGUGUUAUUUUAAUUUGGGAGUUAGUGGUUAUGCUGGUUCAAAGGUCUUUAUUUUUAGGGUUGUCAAAAAUUUACUUUCGUCCAACUCCUGUUAAGUACAAAGUAAUGGUUAAGCAGGUUUAG